AUGCAACCCAGGACUGCAGAUGAUCACAAGACGGCGAUGGAGCAGGCCCUGGCCGAGGCCAGGAAAUCGCCGCCAAAGCCGACCAACUUUCGGGUCGGGGCCCUUCUCGUCAAGCUGGACGACGAGAGCUUCCCCACGACCGUGACGGGAUACACGCUCGAGUGCGAAGGCAACACGCACGCUGAGGAAUCCUGCCUGCUCAAACUGGCAGAGCGCCAUUCAACCACGGAGGAAGGGCUCGCCAAGGUCAUCACGAGCCCCCAUGCGCUAUACACGACCAUGGAGCCAUGCUCGAAGCGCCUGAGCGGCAAGCUGCCCUGCGUCGAGAGGGUCCUCAGGCAAAGCUCCUGGAUCAAGCAGGUCUACGUUGGAGUCCAGGAGCCGGAUACCUUUGUCCAAGGGAACCCCGGUCGCCGCUUGCUGGAGGAGGCUGGCAUCGAGGUUCACCACGUCCCUGGGCUGGAGCAGGAGAUUCUCGAGGUUGCAACCGCAGGUCACGGACAGGAUUGA